AUGCAAAGGAGCCACCUUAACAGGCAAGUCUGGUCUUUUUCUCUGUAUUUAUGCCUUGCUGUUGUGGUGUGUGAGACUUUCCACUAUUCAGUGCCUGAGGAAAAGAAAAGUGGGUCUCUGGUGACAAAUGUGCUAAAGGAUUUGAAAGUAGAUGUAAAGGAGCUGUCUGCUCGCAGGGCCCGGCUGGUUUCUGAAGGCACCAGGCAAUAUUUCCAGCUGGAUCCACACUCUGGGAAUCUGAUAUUACAACACAGAAUAGACCGAGAAGCUUCUUGUGGUCAGAAAGACCCUUGCAUCUUGGUUUCAGAGAUUGUGCUGGAAAAUCCAUUGCAAGUCCAUAGAACUGAAGUUCAAAUAGAGGAUGUGAAUGACAAUUCCCCCCACUUCUCUAAAAAGGAAUUCCUUCUCGAAAUUCCUGAACAAACUCCGUUGAAUACCCAGUUCCCAUUGGAGAGUGCUAAAGAUACAGACAGAGGAGAAAAUGCUGUUCAGAACUAUACACUUAGUCCUAAUGACCAUUUUAGGUUGGAUGUUCAAAGUCACAGUGAUGGUCGCAAAAGUGCAGAAUUAGUACUGGAGAAACAAUUAGACCGUGAAGAGACUGCACGGCUUUUCCUGAUUCUGUCGGCUAUUGAUGGAGGGACCCCAAAGAGAACAGGGACAGCAACAAUUGUAAUUGAUGUUCUGGAUACCAAUGAUAAUGCCCCUCAGUUUCAUCAAUCUCUUUACAAAGUGAAGCUAAUGGAAAACAGCCAGUCAAGUACACUUGUAGCUAAAGUUAAUGCAACGGACAGGGAUUCUGGUUCCUAUGCGGACAUCACUUAUUUUUUCGGUCAAGUGCCAGAAAACGUGCUCAGAUCUUUUAAGUUGAAUAAACAUACUGGGGAACUUACUGUUGCUGGAGCCAUUGAUUAUGAAGAGGAGAGAAGUUAUGAGAUAAAAAUCAAAGCCACAGAUGGAGGGGGGCUCUCUGCUUACUGCAAAGUCAUUGUGGAGGUUGAGGACAUGAAUGACAAUGCCCCAGAGGUGACCCUCACAUCCCUCACUAGUCCCUUAUCAGAAGAUUCUCCCUUAGACACAGUGGUGGCCCUUUUCCGUGUCACAGAUCAAGACACUGGAGACAAUGGCAGAACUGCCUUCUCCAUCAACUCUGAAACUGGGAAUCUGUACACCAUCCGAUCUCUGGACUAUGAGCAGGUGAAAGAUUUCCAAGUGGCCGUGAGGGCUGUGGAUAGUGGUUCUCCACCCCUGAGCUCCCAGGUCAUGGUCCGAGUCAUUGUCAUGGAUGAAAAUGAUAAUGUCCCGUUCAUCCUCUACCCUCUUCAGAACGGCACUUCCCCAUCCAAUGACCUGGUUCCCAGGGGGGCGGAGGCUGGGUACCUGGUCACCAAGGUGGUGGCCGUGGACAGAGAUUCUGGUCAGAACGCGUGGCUUUCCUAUGAGCUCCUGAAGGCCACAGAACCGGGUCUGUUCAGUGUGGGGGCCCAGAAUGGAGAAGUGAAAACCAUGCGGCCCAUUAACAAACGAGACACCUUCAAACAGAAACUUAUCAUUGGAGUUAGAGACAAUGGUCACCCUCCCCAGUCCACCUCUGCAACGCUAAGCAUUCUGCUAGUGGACGGUUUUUCUGACCCUUAUAUGAAAAUUGUGAGCAUCCCAAAAGAUGAAGUGGUGGAAGAGGAAGACCGUACCCUGACGAUGUAUCUGGUCAUAUGCUUGGCUGUCAUCUCUUUCAUAUUUUUGUUUUCUAUGUUGGUGUUUUUUGCCAUCAAGAUUAAUAAAAGGAGGAAGUUCGUAGGGAGCUCUGCUUUGAAUUUCCCAGUGGGACCGAAUUUCCCUGAGAACUGUGGAGAUGCUGAUGCUGGAUCCCUCUCUCGGGCUUACAAUUAUGAGGUGUGCUUAGCUGGUGGAUCUCUGAACAGCGAGUUCAGGUUUCUCAGGCCUCUCUUUCCUGUUUUUUCUGUGGAGCCUGCUCAGUCCCAGGGGACUCAAAGGAUUUCACCAGGUUCCCAAGAAGUUCCCAGUCAUGGUGCAGAAGGUCAGCUUAUGAGCCAGCAGCCCAAGGAGAAAUCUAUGAACAGACAGACAGACUCUGAAGGCAAAGAGGAGGUGCAAUGGAAGACUGAAGGAAGGAAAGCAAUGAACACCACAUAUCAAGAUUAA